AUGAAGAUGAAUGGCGGGCAGAUGGUCUGCGAGAGCCUGAUUCGUGAAGGCGUGGAUGUGAUAUUCGGGCUUCCGGGCGGCGCGAUACUGCCCCUGUACCAGACUUUGCCUGAGUUUCCAGCACUACGUCAUAUACUGGUGCGCCAUGAGCAGGGCGCGGCGCAUGCUGCCGAUGGCUACGCGCGCGUUACCGGGCGUCCAGGCGUCGCAUGGGCAACAUCCGGUCCCGGCGCGACCAACCUCGUUACUGGCAUUGCAACGGCGCAGAUGGACUCCGUACCGAUGGUCGUCAUCACAGGACAGGUAGGCAGGGCAGCCAUUGGCUCGGACGCCUUUCAGGAGUGCGACACCACAGGCAUCACGCUGCCUAUAACCAAGCACAACUACCUUGUGAUGAGUGCCGAGGAGAUUCCCAGGGUAAUCAAGGAAGCGUUCUACAUCGCAAACACGGGCAGGCCGGGUCCUGUUUUGGUUGAUAUACCGAAAGAUGUGUUCACUGAGGUCGCGGAGUUCGUGUACCCGGAUGAGAUCGACUUGCCAGGGUACAACCCCACGCUGAAGCCGCAUUCCGGGCAGGUGAGACGCGCCGCUAAGCUCAUUGAAGAGGCGGAGCGACCUGUGAUCCUCGCCGGGCACGGCGUCAUCAUCUCCAGAGCUUAUGACGAACUACUUGAACUUGCUGAGAAGGCUCAGAUACCCGUUAUCACUACACUGCUGGGUGUGAGCAGCUUCCCGACUGGACACGUGCUUUCAGUCGGCUGGCCCGGCAUGCAUGGCAUGGCGUAUGCCAGCCUUGCCAUCGAGGAAUCCGACUUACUGAUUGCGCUGGGGAUGCGCUUCGACGACAGAAUUACCGGAGACACUAGUACUUUCGCAGUGAACUCCAAGAAGAUUCAUGGGCUGAACAAGCGCGUGAAGCCGCUGCUGCACGGCGACUGGCUUGCAAGGAUCGACGAACUGAGGCGUGAGCAUCCGCUGUUGGGCGCAGAUUCGUCUGACAGUCUUGAGAUGCGGUAUGUAGUGCAGGCGAUAGACGAAGCGACUAACGGCAACGCGGUUAUCGUUACCGGUGUUGGGCAGCACCAGAUGUGGGCGGCACAGUAUUAUUCGUUCAAGCAGCCCAACUCGCUUGUGUCGUCUUGCGGCUCGGGAGCGAUGGGCUAUGAGGUGCCCGGCGCGAUGGGCGCUCAGGUUGGCGCGGAAGACCGCGUGGUAUGGUCGGUCGCCGGUGACGGUGGUUUCCAGAUGACGAUGGUAGAGCUUGCGACCUUGGUUGAGAACAACAUCCCGGUCAAGUUCGCCAUAAUGAAUAACAACUCGCUGGGCAUGGUCCGACAGUGGCAGGACUUUUUCUAUGAGAAGGAUCAUGUUGCCACCGUGUACAGCGGAAACCCCGACUUCGUGAAGCUGGCGCAGGCUUUUGGCAUGCUCGGUAUCCGCGUCAAUGAAAAGAGCCAGGUGAACGCGGCGGUAGAGCGGGCGAUGCUUCAUCCGGGUCCGGUCAUCGUUGACUUCGUGAUUGAGAACGACGACAACGUGUACCCGAUGAUACCGGCCGGCAUGUCGAUACAGCAGCUCAUUGAGGAGCCUGCUCCCGUGUUUCAGGAGGUGAUCUGA